CUGCUCUCCUUCUCUGUUUCUUUCUUCUUCCUUGUUGAGACAGAUUUGUUCUUUGCACAGUGCACAUCAUACCCAAACAGGCCUUGUAUUUGAUGGAGAUAAGGACAGUGAAAGUUAACAAUGUCUCCCUGGGUGCAACGGAGAAUGAUUUAAAGGAAUUCUUUUGCUUCUCCGGUGAAAUCGAAUACAUUGAAAUACAAGGGGACAACGAGAGGUCUCAGAUUGCAUAUGUUACCUUCAAGAACCCCAAAGGGGCAGAAACUUCAGUGCUUCUUUCGGGAGCAACUAUAGUUGAUCAGUCCGUUACCAUAGACCUGGCUCCAGAUUACAAGCUUCCAGCUGCUGCAGAUUCAGCACUUCCAACUGCAACAGAUAAUGUAAGUUCUGGUGGUGCUGCCCAAAACGCAGAGGAUGUUGUGAGCAGCAUGCUAGCCAAAGGCUUUGUUUUGGGAAAAGAUGCAAUCAACAAGGCGAAGGCCUUUGAUGAGAAACACCAGCUUACUUCAACUGCAACGGCCACAGUAACUUCUUUGGACCAAAAGAUUGGUUUCACUGAGAAAAUUAGUGCUGGCACAAGCAUGGUAAAUGAUAAGGUGAGGGAAAUGGAUGAAAAGUUUCAGGUUUCUGAGAAGACCAAGAAUGCGUUUUCAGCUGCAGAGCAGACGGUGAGCAGUGCUGGAUCUGCAAUCAUGAAAAACCGUUACAUACUAACUGGGACGUCGUGGGUAACCGAUGCGUAUAACAGGGCAGCCAAGGCAGCAGGUGAAGUAGGGCAGAAGACCAUGGAUAAGGUUUCAGCAGAGGAAGAGGGUGGAAAGAAAGUGGAAGGCAGUAGUACUACUCAGAUCACUCAAGUAGAUUCUCCCAAGGAUGCUACCCACUAAACUAAUGACUCAUCUCAUGCGUCAUGAGUGAUGAGCAGCAAGCAAUCUUCCAACAUCCAACGAGUCUUCAUCUUCUGAGUUGCUACAAGAUCAUCACCUUCUACAAGAUUAGUAUAAGUUGUACUACUUUGCUUUCCUGUUUGUUUAGAAUAUAUAGGAGGAAUUAAUUGCUGCUGGAUGUUUAUUUUCAUGAAUGAAUGAUUUCUGUCACUCAAAUGACUUGUGUAUGCGUCCCUGCUGUCUGUCGCUGGGAUUCUUGAACAAAAGUAGAGUUAUUUGUGCUUUCGUAUCAA